AAAGUAGUGGUGCGAGACGGUCCAUCGAAAUUUUUUCCUUUCUUCGCUUAGCCUUUGUUUGGUGAAUUCCCGACUUGUCGUCUCGUAUGUCGAUUCUUGUGUGAAACGCGAUUCGAUCGUGCCGAAAGAGCGGGAGUGUCGUUGAAAGUUAUCGCGCGUACAAGCGGAAGUAUCUUUUAAUAAAAGUGCGUUUAAAGUCCCGUUUAAAGUAUCGCACAAGUGAAUCAAUCUGAGAGGAGGAGGUCUAGGAGAGGCAUCGGGUACCGGUGGAGGCAACUCUGUGAUCAACCUAACGAUCCUAACAUUCUGAGAGGAGGAGGAGGCCUAGGAGAGGCAUCCUGCACCGGCGGAGCAAUCCAAGGACAACGUAAACCAAAUCUCCGCUGUUGCGCAUUAGUGCCGAUCAACAUAGCUACCUUGACAUUCUAAGAGGAGAAGGAGACCUAGGAAAAGCGUCUUGCACUAGCGGAGCAACCCAAGGACAACGUAGCCUGAAAAUCAACAAAUCCGCUGUUGCGCAUCAGUGCCGUCGAAGACUGAUUGAAUCCCUCGAAGCAACAACUGCAAACGAUGUUCUCCCGGAGGAGAAUCUUCUCCGUCGUCUCGCAGAACUUUGUGAGAAAACUGCACCUGUCAAAAAUCCGGCAAGAAGCUGCGAUAAUAGAUGGGUCAAAAAUAGCAAAUGAGAUUCAAGAAGAGUUGAAAGCUGUUAUAGAUACUUGUGUAAAUGCAGGAAAAAAAAGACCGAAGCUAGUAGCAAUCUUAGUGGGGAAUCAUCCAUCUAGCAAAGCAUAUAUUGGUAAAAAGAUGAAAGCUGCAAAAGUAGUAGGAAUUGAAAGUUACACCAUUCAUUUGGGAGAAAACAUAACGCAAGCGGAACUUCUUACGGAAAUUGAUAAUCUGAACAAAGAUCCAACUGUUGAUGGUGUUCUGGUUCAAUUACCAUUGCCAAAGGGCAUGAACGACAAAAAAGUAUGCCAAGCAAUAAUUCCUAAAAAAGAUGUAGAUGGUUUCCAUUUAGUAAAUCUUGGCAAUUUGACAUUGGACAAGAGUGGUAUUGUGCCAGCCACUCCUCUGGCUGUCAAGGAAUUAAUACUUAGAAGUAAAAUUGAGACAUUUGGAAAGAAUGCUGUGGUGGUUGGUAGAUCAAAACAUGUUGGACUGCCUAUUGCAUUGUUACUUCACGCAGAUGGCAAAGGCGAAACGGGUGCUUUGGAUAUGACAACGACAAUCUGCCAUAUUCAUACUCCUCACACAGAACUAGAAAAGUUUACGAAACUAGCGGAUUUAGUCGUGGUGGCGGCUGGAGUUCCCGGCUUGAUCACCAAGGAAAUGAUAAAACCGGGCGCUUGCGUAAUUGAUGUGGGAAUCACCAGAGUGAAGACGGCAGAUGGCAAAUUUCGUCUGGUGGGAGAUGUGGAUUACGAUGGUGUAAAGAAAGUCGCCGGACAUAUUACACCGGUCCCAGGCGGCGUGGGCCCUAUGACGGUAGCGAUGCUGAUGAAGAACACAGUCACGGUCGCUAUGAGAAAUCAGAAAGACGUGAAUCAGUCCGAUCGUUUAGAAGAUAGCAAAGCAUUUGAUACACAGUAUAAUUGAUAACCAGUAUAAUAAUAGUCUUUUAUUUGACGAUUCUUGUAAUCUGUAGUAUUAUUUUUACAAAGGAAGUUAUGUAAAGUCGUUUUAUUAAUUUAUACAGUAUUAUCAGGAAAUGGAAACACACUAUGAAUAACAACAAUGUAUAACAAUUGAAUAAAAAAAAAAAUAUUAAAAAAUGAAA